UGAAACAGAAGGUGCCUUUCAGUCUCUCUCGGGGGGUCUUACCUGGAAACAGGCCCUUUUGCGUUCUCGUCAGGCCGCUCUGGAGUCCGAGGCUGGGAUACCGAAGGGAGACGGGGAAAGGAAGUGCUAGGGCUACACUUCGGCUAAGCCCAGCGGGGCCUGCAGCUUUUAGCUCUCUCUUCCGCCCUCUGAGGCCCCUGCGGGAUUUUAUACUGUACUUGGAGUACCUUUCGGUUGAUGCUGGCUAGCGCUGUGUUCUCUCUACUGCAAAAUAACGAAUUGUUCUCAUUACCUUCUAGACACAACAUCGCUUGUUUAGAAAUCCCUUCUACCACAGAGCACCGGUUCUUGAUUUUUUUAAAUAGUUGAUCUUUAGGGCAACACAUGAUGAUGAUGAUGAUGAUGAUGAUGAUUACAUUUUUAUACUGCCCAUAGCCAAAGCUCUCUAGGCAGUUGACAGCAAUAAUCAUAGAAUCAUACACUCAAGUCACCCAUCCCAUUUCUGCCCAGGCCUGACCCUGCUUAGCUUCCAAGAUUAGGCAGGAUCAGGCACUUCAGGCUACAUGGAAGCUACACAGAUAAGAUAAUCUUGUCAAACGCCCGAAUUCCACCAAAAUUGAAAGUUUUUAAAACACCCGGGGACAACUUGUUAAAUAUAUCAGUGUAAAAUAUUUCAUUCUUAACUAUAUCAUGGUUUAAUUUGAACCAGGGAAUAUUAGAACAGAUUUUAAUUGUCAUGACUUAGUUCUAGAAUGCAGAAUAAGUUAAUUGUUGCAAACCCCUCAGGACUAAAUACUUGUCAGCUUUGACUGGUAGCAAAAAUAUCUUCCAGAUUUUGGAGGAGGGGAAGUUUGGUGUUACUACGAUGUCCAGACAGUUUUGAGCCCUUUAUCAUUUUAGAAAAUUAACGGAACACUUUGUAAACAGGCCUAUAAGACUGUCAAAUGCAGUCAAUAAAUUGGAAUGCUACUGUUUUGCUUAAUGCUGCUUGUCUUGUUAAACCAGCCUGAGAACACGGUAAGGGAUGGUCUAGAAAAGUUAUUCAUUCAUUCCACAGUUAGGAUGGUCUAGAAAAGUAAUAAAUAAAUUCCACAGUUAGACUUGUACCACUGUUUCCUUCACACUCAAACAUUUGCUAUCCUGAUAUCGUUAAGUAAUCUAGCAACUGUGCUUUCCUUUCCCCCGAGACUUACCCAUAUAGGUAAGUAGGUGCUAUUUCUUAUAAUGAAGAAAGACUAACUGAAACAUGGGAGUGCAGAAUGUUGAACUCAUUAUCUUCCUUUCAGUGGGAAUAGGGGGUUUAGCUGCUCCAGUAUGGUGCAUGGAGCAAGGAAGUGGACUAUAGAAACUCCAUUGCAUAUACAAGUGUAUGACCUAACUUUGACAGUAAUAGUACUAACAGAAUGAAAUAUUAUAUUUCUGCUGAUAGUAUAUCUAUAUCUUACUAAUGUACUAAGCUUGGGGAGUUAAUAUGAGUUGCAAUUGAGUAAGAUCUGUUUGUCUCUGACUGUUUGCUGAAGUCCUGAACUGCUUGCCUAGGAGGAGACAAUAGUAGUUGACCUUUCUAGAGGUCUAGGUAGUGAUUGUAAACUAGAAAGUUAAAGGACCAGCUUGCUGGUUGGCAGGAAGUAGAAAAGUAGGUAAUUUUGAAGACUACACAAUUAUUCUGUAAAUCAGUCACUGUAGGGGAGAGAACCUGGUAACAGUGUUCUGUUGUGGAUUAUCUAGGGGAGGUACUGAUUUUUAGAAUAAAUUGUGCUGUUUUGUUUUAUGGAGUCAUCUAGUAUUGCACUUCAAUUUGUGUGAAUAUUUUGCAUAGACGGACCAUAAAGGGACCUGCUAUGAUACCAUUAUAUGAUUCUAUAAUAUUAAGAACAUAGUGAUGGUAAAAUGCUAUUCAGACAAGUUUUAAAGAUACGUAGUCAUCUUCAAAUGUCAGGUGGAAUACACUGCAGAACAUUAGGAAAGAUUAGGAUUCAUAGGACCAAUUAGUAGGGGGAAAGGAAAAGUUUCCUAAUCUAUUUGAUGCAUAGUAGGUUUUCCAGAGGACGGGAGAUUAUGUUGUAUAUGAGGCAUCCUUUAAAUAUAGUUUUGAAACCUCAGCUUGUACAGAAUAUAACUACCCAGUUUUUGAUUGGAGCUACACAAUUUGAAAAUAUGAACACUACUCGUGCCAUUUGCUAAUAUGUUUUUGAUCUCAGUUCAAAAUGUUGCUUUGGGCCUGUGAAACCCUAACACCUAGGGACCAGGCUACCUGGAGAUCUGUCUACAUUCAUAGAAGCCUGCCCAAGUAUUACAUUUUGCUUCAGGGGACUUGCCUAUAUGUUCACCAGUAAUGUUGAUCCUGUUGGCAGGCAUGAGAAGCAGAACCAUUCCCAAAAUGUGAAACCUUCUCCCUGCUGAGAUUCGGUAUAUUCAUGGUCUCUCCUUACCUUGAUGGUUAAUGUAGUCUCCUGGGUUCAACUGAAGCAGGGUGGGGAUACAAGAGCAACAGAUGAAGCACUCAAAAAGAACCCAUGACUCUGAAUGGCAUGAUAGAGACAGCUGGGAUGAAGAAAAGAGUACAAAUAGCCAAAAGAGCAGAAGGAGAUCUCACAGCAGUGAAAGAAAUCACAAACGCUAUAAAUCACUUAAAACUGCAGACAGUAGCUACUUGGAUUAUAGCUCCACACAUGAGAGAAACCGCCAUGACCGGAGAUAUGUUGAAGAAUAUAGAAAUGACUUCCAUGAUGUGGAUGAUGACCACAGGCAUUAUCACAGAGAUGAUGAAAAGAGUCACUGCCAUCAUUAUAGCAAAUCCUCUGGUCAAAGCAGAAAAAGUAGUCAUAAAAGAAAGCAUAAGAAACAUGGCUCUAGUUACAGCUCACAUUUGAAGAGCCACCGAAGGAAAAGAUCCAGGAGUGUAGAGGAUGAUGAGGAGGGUCACCUGAUCUGUCAAAGUGGAGACGUACUAAGAGCAAGAUAUGAAAUUAUUGCUACUUUAGGGGAGGGUGCUUUCGGAAAAGUAGUAGAAUGCAUUGAUCACCACAUGAGAGAGAUGCAUGUCGCUAUAAAAAUUGUGAAAAAUGUUGGUAGAUAUAGAGAAGCAGCUCGUUCAGAAAUUCAAAUAUUGGAGCACUUAAAUACUUUGGAUCCAGGCAGCACGUUCCGUUGUGUACAGAUGCUGGAAUGGUUUGAACAUCAUGGUCAUGUUUGCAUUGUGUUUGAGCUACUGGGACUCAGUACCUAUGAUUUUAUUAAGGAAAAUAGCUUUCUGCCUUUUCCUAUCGAACUUAUUAGGAAGAUGGCUUAUCAGAUUUGUCAAUCUAUAAACUUCUUGCAUCACAAUAAAUUGACUCAUACAGAUCUGAAACCUGAAAAUAUUUUAUUUGUAGAGUCUGAUUAUGUAUUAAAGUACAAUUCUAAAAUGAGGCACUUAGGUUCAAAAUCAGAGAGGAUGAGAGAAGAUAAAUUAAAGUUUAGACGGGAUGAGCGCACGCUGAAAAACUCAGAUAUUAAAGUCGUAGACUUUGGAAGUGCAACAUAUGAUAAUGAACAUCACAGCACUUUAGUGUCUACAAGACAUUACAGAGCACCUGAAGUUAUAUUAGCGCUUGGAUGGUCCCAACCCUGUGAUGUCUGGAGUAUAGGUUGCAUCCUGAUUGAAUAUUACCUUGGUUUUACAGUCUUUCAGACACAUGAUAGUAAAGAACAUCUGGCAAUGAUGGAGAAGAUACUAGGGCCUUUACCUGUACACAUGAUUAAAAAAUCAAGGAAACAUUACUUUCGCCACGAUCAGCUGGACUGGGAUGAACAUAGUUCUGCAGGUCGUUAUGUAAGAAGACGGUGUAAACCACUAAAUGAAUUCAUGCACUGCCAUGAUAAAAACCAUGAAAAUCUAUUUGACCUUAUUCGUAGAAUGUUGGAGUAUGAUCCAGCAAAGAGAAUUACACUGGAUGAAGCCUUGGAGCAUUGUUUCUUUGAUCCCUUUAAAGACAGAGAACUGAACUGAUUUUCUGUUACAUAAAGGACAUGAUACAGAGUCUGUCAAUCAGUACCUAGUGUGAGAUGUUGUACAUAAUUUACUUUGUACAUUUGAUUCUGUAAAUAUAACCCUACUUUUUUUAAUUGAUGCUAUGUCUGUCUUGCUGAACAGUUAUGAUUUUGAUCACAUACAUUAAACAUUAAAUUUUCUCUUUUGUA